AUGAGUGAAAAAAUAAGUGUGGCUCUUUUUGGACCUACUGGACAAGGAAAAUCCACCGUUGCUAACAUGCUGGUCCAAGGUGACUUUCAUGGAGAAAACAAUGCGUUCGAAGUCAAUGAUGCAACGGUUGGAGCAAGAGAUGAGACAAAACGCGAUGCUAACGAGACAUUUGAAGUGUACGACAUAAUCGAAGUAUGUCAAACAAAUUUUAAAAGUACACCGCAUAAAAAUGCUGUGAAAAGUAUAAGAAACUAUUUUUCAAAAUAUAGAGGGCCACUCAACUACGUAUGCUACGUUAAGAAGAAGGGAAAGUUUACCAAAGAAGAUAAAAAGUUGUUCAAAAUGUUUAAGGAGAUCUUUAAGGGAGGCGAGAAAAAUAUCAUCAUAAUCAUCACCGACUGUGAACCGGAAUGGGUCGAUGAAAACUCGAAAACCAUCGAGAAUAAUUUUGGAGUUUAUCCGACCAUUGCGGUUGAUUUUCCCUCCCAAGGUCAUGGUGCUGCCGCUAAAAGAGCGAAAAGUUUGGAACGAUUAACGAGCAAACUUACAUCCUUAAAUUACAAGGGCAUUAAAUUGGAGACUCUCAGCUCUAUCCAACUUGUAGAGAACAAAUUAUCCAAUGUUAUUUGCUUCGUGCCAUUUGUUGGUACAGGAUAUUCAUUAAUUUCUUCUGUCGUGUACUUUGUGGACGGAAGACCAAUCGUGGCAACAGAACGACUGGUAGAUGGAGCUGCUGAUCUUGUAUUGGGCAAGACAAUUAUGAUUAUUGGUCAUAAAUUUAUAAACCCUAUAGUUAAAGGUGUGAGCCAGAAAAUUGUACACACGGUAUAUGGUAUAUAG